UUGUGGCUCACAAAAUUUCCCCUUUGCUGAAGUGGCAUUCCAUUCCAACCUUGUUAAUAAACCAGUUCACACAACACUUCUUUCUCUCUCUCUGUCUCUCUCUUUCUUUUCUCAACUAUUCACUAUCCAUUUUUUUCCUUUGCACACGAUGAUCAAGUAAUCAGAGAGAGAAAAGAAACAAAGCCAACACUGCUAGCUACACUUACAACAACAUCGACUACUGCUUCAACUGCUACUUUUCUUUAUAUACGUGUGUUUCUAUUUUUUCUCAUUUUUUUUCAAAGAGCCUGAGCAAAAGUAGAAGAGAGAGAGAAAGAGAGAGAGUGGUGAAGCUGAGUUGUUAGUUUAGUUACAAUAUAACACAGGAAUGUCUGAGGCUGCUAAAGACUCAGCCAUAAAGCUGUUUGGUAGAACAAUUUCUCUACUACGCCACAACGAGAUUUCUGCUAAUGGUUCUUCUUCUGAACCUGCUCCUCCUCAAGAUUAUUCUCAUCAUCACAGUCCUCCUUCAUCUUCAUCUUUUCCACGUGAAGUGACCUCCACAACGAACCAUGAACCUGAGAGGGAUAAGGAACCAUCAAGGAACGAACUCACCUCAACACAAGAUGACGAAGCCUUACAUGAACAACUGAAAUCUCCAACAUCUUCAUGCAAUCUCAAGAACCCCAAGACCCCCUCAACGGAAAUAGAAACUACCUUAAUGAAAUCACCUAAAAAAGGAGACCAAAGUGACACGACAAGCGCAUCAGAGGACAAAACUCCAAAGAAACCAGACAAGAUCCUUCCAUGCCCUCGUUGCAACAACAUGGACACCAAGUUCUGCUACUACAACAACUAUAACGUGAAUCAGCCACGCCACUUUUGCAAGCACUGCCAGAGAUACUGGACUGCGGGAGGAACCAUGAGGAACGUGCCGGUCGGUGCAGGUCGCCGCAAGAACAAAAACUCUUCUUCUGCUGCAUCGCAUUAUCGUCAAAUCAUGGUUCCCGACACCCUUCAGAACGGAUCAUUGCACAGUGCAGUGUUGACCUUUGGAUCAGAUUUCCCUCUCUGUGAUUCCAUGGCUUCUGUGUUGAGCCUUGCUGAGAAAGCACAAAACGGUGUCCUCAACGGGUUUCAUUCACCUAAGCAUAAUGUUAAUAAUAACAACACUGGUGAUGAUAUUAACUCGGUUGGUGCUUCUGUUAUGGCUUCAUCUUUGUCUGAGAAGAGAGACAAUGCUACUACUAGCCCUCAUGAAGAAUCAGUGGAUAAGAUUUAUCAUCAAGGUUUCAGUCCUCAACUGUGCCUCCCAGGUUCUUCUUCUUCAUCAUCAUCUUCUUCUCCUUGGCCUUAUCCAUGGAACCCUGCAAUGACUCCUUCUGCUUUUUACCAACCCGUGUCCUUCUACCCCACACCAGCAUUCUGGAGAUGCAUGCCACCACCACCCUCAUGGAGUGUAAAUUACCAAUCAGCCCCUACCUCUGGUCCAAACUCACCAACCUUGGGGAAACAUUCAAGAGAAGGGGACAUCUUGUUCCAAAAGCCUGGCACUGAAAGCAGCAACACUGUGUUGAUCCCCAAGACGCUGAGAAUUGAUGACCCUACAGAAGCUGCAAAGAGCUCUAUAUGGUCCACACUAGGGAUCAAGAAUGAGAAGGGGAACUCUCUCAAUGGAGGAGGCCUUUUCAAGGCAUUUGCAUCAAAGGGAGGUAGUGAUGAUAAGAAGAACCAUGUGGUGGUUGAAGCAUCCCCAGUGUUGCAAGCCAACCCUGCAGCUUUGUCAAGGUCUCUUGUAUUCCGUGAGAGAACAUAGUUCAGAAUUGCUGCAGUUUUCUCAGCUAGCUUCAUCCAACAAUGUUUCUGAUGUAGGCCACGCUAGUUCAAUUACAACAACAACCUUGUUCUUAGGUGGUGAUGAACAUGAUUUUGCUUUUCUCCGUGAGAACUUGUAUUAUUCACCAACCUUUCUGCAGGAUUUGUAGGACAGGAGAGUUAUAUAUAGCUUAGUUUCCAUCUAGAGCCUGUCACACUGAACAGGUUUUUUCAGAUUUCGAUGACUUGUUAGUAAAUAUCUUUGUUGUACAUAUUAAUAUAUAUAUA